UUCCAAUAAUCUUUACAAUUACAUUAAAAGAGAUUUAUGAUAUUUUCAACGAAGAUCAUGUAUUGGAAUACACUUAUAAACCUGCUAAACAUAGAUUAUAUUAUGACGAGAAAAGUGCGAGAGACCCAAGUAUAUUAUGGUUAGAAGCUAUUAAAUUUUUUACAUAA